AAAUAAUGUAGGGAAUGGCGUUAAAUAUUUUGGAUUAGUUAAUUAAUUUGCUAUGAUCAUACAUGUAUUGGGGAUAAAAGUUUCAGAGACCGGCUGCGAAAGGAGUUUAGUAGUAGAUUAUGAUCUAUAGAGACGGGUAUAAACGAAAAAUAUAUCCAUGGCAUCUUCUUCUACACUGACAAAAGAGGUAAUCGGCUGUGGAAUUUGUGGCGUGCCGUCACAACAAUUUUGUAACAAUUGUCAAGUAUGUGUAUGCGUGGACUGCAUAAAAAUUCACGCGGAUGUGUUUCCGUCCUUGCCCCAUGACAUUGUCCUUCUCAAAGACAGGAGGCUGAGGUUAAUUUUUCUUGCGUGCGAGUUCCAUCCAGGUCAAUACUGCGAAACGAACUGUGAGACAUGUAAUCUAGCCGUCUGUAUAAAGUGCACUCAAUCUGGCGCUCACCAAGGACAUAAUGUAGUGGAAUUAUACAAAGUUGUAGAGGCAAAGAAACAAGAAAUCGAAAAACAAACAGCUGAAAUUGAAUCGGAAAUCAUUACUAAAUACCAGGCAACAUUGACUGAUAUUGAAAGCAAAAUUUUCAAAGUUACAAACGAAUGUGACAAAAGGAAAAACGAAAGGGAGAGACUAAGAAACAUCUGGCAUCAAGAAGUAGAUAUCAUUUUUAAUAAGGUUGGUUCUUUUACCCAAUUUAUUAAGGACUACAAUCUCGCGGCUUUAACAACACAACGAACCAAUGUUGAACAACAGCUUCAGGAAAUAAUUCUUAAAGUUGAGCAAAACAAAGAAAUUUUAAAUUCCAACCUCCCCUACGAAGUUGUUAACUACCAAUCUACUGUUAAGGAACCGAAAGAAAUUUCAAACGAUUUUGAAAUCAGACUUCCCUGUCUGAAAUCAAAUGCAGUCGGUGAUACUGAGCUAAGCAUAAAAAUGGGAGAAAUCCAGGCGACAAUGACACAAACUUCGCAGACUUGUCUUGCAAAUGGGUUAACACUUUUAUCUACUAAAGAACUACUAAGCAAAUCUAAAGUAGUUGCCUCCAUUUCAACCAAAUAUAAGCCUUUGUUUAGAGUGGCAUGUGUUGGAACGGAUGAAGCGUUUAUCACUGGUAAAGGUAAGACUAUUUCACGUAUUGACAUACGCGGGUCAGUUCUCGAUACUUUUACCACCGAAUGUCAGACGAGGCCUAGUGGCAUCUCGGCAAAUGAACAAGGAGAGUUGCUUUACAGUGACUGCGACAGGAGAACAUUAAACUUUGUUAGACAGGGACAGGGUGAAGUAUUUAUCACAUUACCAAAAGGAUGGGAUCCAUACAGCUUGUGCUGUUGUAAAUCGGGAGACAUUCUCGUCCAUGUGUCAUGCGGAGGAAAAAAUAGAAUAAUCAGAUAUAAAGGAGAACACCUUACUCAGGACAUUGAUUUAGAUCAAGAUGGGAAUCCAAUUUUCAAAGAAGGAAAGUUUACUUUAAACAUGGUGGAAAACAACAACGGGGAUGUGUGUGUUUCUGAUGUUAAUGCUGAAAACGUUGUUGUACUGGACACAGCAGGAAGAGUGCGAUUCCGAUACGACGGUAUAGCUGCCAAGAGAAAGAAGCCAUUUAGUCCCAGAUGUAUUGUGACCGACUGCCUUAGUCAAAUAAUCGUAACAGACGUCAACAAUUUUUGUAUUCAUAUACUGGAUCAGGACGGGAAGUUUCUGAAAUGCUUGAUCAACUCCAGAGUUAAAGUUCCUUGUGGGUUGAGUGUGGAUUGUUACGGGAGAUUGUGGGUGGGGUUGCUUGAAAAAGGAAAAAUUAAAGUGUUGGAGUACUUGAAUUAGAUGUAGUUAUAUGUAUACAUGUAAAUAUAUACAUGUACGAAUUAUUUAUCCUGGUCAAGAAUAUGUUUGAUUCUCUGUUUAUGGGCAGCAGUACUACUACAUGUAUAUAGGUAGUUUAAACUAUUCUCUACACU